AAACUUUUGCUAUAUAUUUUGUGCAUGUGAGACAGCAUCUAACCAUCCUGUCAUCACAAAAUGAUGAAAGCUAAAAAGACAAAUGAUGCAUUCUCAGUUAGCUUUUUGGCUCUGGCUUUGUUCCUCUUAGCAAUAAUUUAUAAGGCCUCAGCCUACAAUCUCUCUCUUCCCUCUGCUAAAAAUCCUGAAGGUCGACGACGACAGUGUGGUUGGGAAGGUUGCUAUGAAGAUUGUCCCCCUGGAUCAUGUUGUAACUGGGACGGUAUUUGCGGAAAUACAGAAGAUUAUUGUGGCAGAUCGUUCUGUCAAAAACAAUGUCCACCUCCACCCCCACUUGCACCUCCACCUCCAAACCCACCUGGACGAUGUGGAUGGCAAGCUUAUGGUACUAAGUGUCCUCCUGGAUUGUGUUGUAGUACAUCUGGUUGGUGUGGAUCCACUGAAAAAUAUUGCGCCAAAGGGCGUUGUCAAAGUCAGUGCAAAAGUACUCUUACCCCUCAUAAUAAUCCAAUAAUAGGUAAGCGAGAGUGUGGAUACCAAGGUUGCUACAAACUAUGUCCUCCUGGAUCGUGCUGUAGCUGGUUGGGUUGGUGCGGAACUACAGAAAAGUACUGCAGUCCAAAGAACUGUCAAAGCCAAUGUCCACCUAUACCCCCACCUCCACCUCCACCUCCAUACGCACCUGGACGAUGUGGAAGGCAAGCUGAUGGUAGAAAAUGUCCUCCUGGAUUGUGCUGUAGUGCAUCUGGUUGGUGCGGAACCACAAAAUUCUAUUGCGCCAAAGAGUGGUGUCAAAGUCAGUGCAAGAGUACUACUCUUGCCUCGUCUAUUAUUAAGAGCUUGUUGCUCGACGGUACGGUUUCUAGCUAGAUGUUGGUCGUUCCUGCAUUCCCAAAUACUAGCUGGAGGACGUACUUCUACUCCUCAUUUGGGACUGGUGAAGUGAUCAAAUAUUAAUGCAUGUAAUUAUAAUGCAUAUAAAAUGCAUUAUUUAAUAUAAUAAAUAAAAGACUACUUUUGUGUAAA